GUUUUCUCCCUCUUCUUUAAGAGUGCUGUCGCCCUGGGGGGGGAGAGACACUGUAUUUGUGCAGUAGUACGUUUGUUCGUUCGACCACGCCGAGGUGUUUUUGUUGUCUCGUCUCAACUCACUUAUUCCCCGAGCUGCGGAUCGAGGUUUGGAUCGUGUCAGCGCAGCAGCAGCAGCAGCAGCAGCACUCGGCUAGGCUAGGCUAGGCCUGAAUCCACCUCGCAAACAUUUAUGGACUUGGAAAAACAAGCCUAACAUUCUCCUGAAUAGCGUGUGAAUGGAGCAGUGUGCGAGUACGGCCUCCCUGCUGGCCUCGGUGCGGGAGCAGGAGAGGCAGUUUGAGAUGCUGAGCCGAGCUCUGGAGGAGGAGCGGAGGUCGUGUGCUGGCACCCUGCCCCGCCCCCUCCCCAACAUGCAGAACGGCCGCAUUCCUUGUGAUGCAGACAUAGAGAGGCUGACACUGAACGAGGGUUACGUCAACGGGACACAUCAGUUCAGGAUGGAGCCUGGUCAGGUGGUGCAGGAAACCUACACGGUGGAGGAAGAUCCCCAUGAGGUGCCACCUGUUGUCUCUGUGGAGACCAAUGAAGAUGGGACCACGCGGCGCACAGAAACCACGGUAAAGAAAGUAGUAAAGACCACCACCACUCGCACAGUCAUUCCCUCCGUGUCGGACACGCUUUCCCUGGAUGGUGGUGGUUCGAUGACGGGUAUGGGGGGCUACCCUGCGCCCAUGGUCUACAGACAGGGACCUGGAGGUGGCAUGCCCAUGGACUACCCCACUCACACUGUGCCCCGCAACUACCACUACGGGCCGCCAGGGGGCUACGACGACUACCGCACUGGACCUCCAUCUGAGGCCUACACAAGCCUUAGCAGGGGAGCUCGCAUGGAUGAUCGCUACAGACCGGUCCAUCCAGAUGGCUACAGAACUCUGGAUCCAAGCUACAGAGCCCCCAGCAGGAACCAGCUGGACCCCUAUGCUGCUCAGCCGCAGGUUGGGCGUAUGGGCAGUGCCAUGGAGCUGUCCUCUAUUCCGAGGUUUGUCCCAGACCCGUACGGUCUGGAGGAUGAUCAGCGCAGCGUGGGCUACGAUGAGCCCGACUAUGGCAUGGGACACCCAAUGCACUACAGCACCGUACCCCGCAACCACAACGCGUAUUCCCAUGGGCCCCCGCGCAGGGCUGGGAGUUACGAGGGCACCUUGGAUGGCGACAUGAGCGGCCCAGGGGACAUGUACUAUUGGGGAGGAGCACCACUGGCCCAGGGGGAAAGAGGUAGCAUGGCUUCAUUGGACAGCACUCUAAGGAAAGCUCCCGGCCCCGGCCCUGGCGGCUGGCGUCAGCCAGAGCUGCCCGAGGUCAUUGCCAUGCUGAACUACAGGCUGGACCCCGUCAGGAGCAACGCAGCUGCAUACCUGCAGCAUCUCACCUAUAAAAAUGAUAAAGUGAAAUGUGAUGUGCGUCGACUGAAAGGCAUCCCAGCGCUGGUCUCUAUGCUUGACAACCCAAACAAAGAGGUUCACUAUGCAGCCUGCGGAGCAUUAAAGAACAUCUCAUAUGGCAAAGAUCAAGACAACAAGAUCGCCAUCAAGAACUGUGACGGAGUGCCUGCUCUGGUCAGGCUGCUGAGGAAGACCCAUGACCAGGACCUCACUGACACCAUCACAGGGACGCUGUGGAACCUGUCGUCGCACGACUCUGUGAAAAUGGAGAUUGUGGACCAUGCGCUGCACGCCCUCUCCGACGAGGUGAUGGUGCCCCGUUCAGGCUGGGCGCGAGGGAGCAACGGAGCCGGAGGAGGGGACAGCUGCAAGCCCAGGCAUCUUGAGUGGGAGACGGCCCUCACCAACACCGCAGGCUGCCUGAGAAAUGUGAGUUCAGAGCGAAGCGAGGCGAGGAGGAAGCUGAGGGAGUGCACAGGAUUGGUUGAUUCGCUGAUGUACAUUGUCCAAUCCCAGAUUGACUGUAAAGACGUUGACAAUAAGUUGAUAGAGAACAGCAUGUGUCUGCUGAGGAACUUGUCCUAUCAGGUGCACCGUGAAAUCCCCGGCAGUGAGCGCUACCAGGAGGCCGCGCCCCUCAACCAGGGCCCCGCCCCUGCCAGCCACAAGGGCGGCUGCUUCAGCUCCCGCAAGAGCAAAGAUGAGUGGUUUUCCAAAGGUAGGAAAGAGGAGGAUGCAGCUGCAGACAUAAUAGACAUUCCAAAGAGGACCUCACCUGCUAAAGGCUAUGAGCUGUUGUACCAGCCAGAGGUGGUCCGCAUCUACACCUCUCUGCUGAAGGAGUCCAAGAACCCCACCGUGCUGGAAGCCUCGGCUGGAGCCGUUCAGAACCUGUGUGCUGGACGCUGGACGUAUGGGCGAUACAUCCGCGCCCUGCUGCGGCAGGAGAAGGGUCUACCCAUGAUGACUGAGCUGCUGGCCCACGGAAACGACCGCGUGGUCCGCGCCAUGUCUGGAGCCCUCCGCAACAUGGCCAUUGAUGCACGCAACAGAGAUCUACUAGGUAAACAUGCGGUGCCUCACCUGGUGGCCAACCUGCCCGGCGGUGGUCAGAGUCAGCCGGUGCGAGCGCUGUCAGAAGAGACGGUGGUGUCGGUAUUGAGCACGCUCCAUGAGGUGCUGAGCUCCAGCCUGGAAGCAGCAAAGAGCCUCAGGGCCUCACAGGGAAUCGAGAGACUGGUGCUCAUUAACAAGGACGGUAAUCGUUCUGAGCGGGAGGUGCGUGGAGCCGGCCUGGUGCUGCAGACAGUGUGGGGCUACAAGGAGCUGCGGCGCACUUUGGAGAAGGACGGCUGGAAGAAGACAGACUUCAUGGUCAACCUUAACCCUCCCAGCAACAACACCAGGGCCAACGGAGGAUAUGAGGACAGCACUCUGCCGCUCAUAGACAAAGGGGGCAAAGGGGACCGCGAAAUGAUUCCAAUGAAUGACUUGGGACCAGAUGCCUACUCCACACUUGACCAGAGAGGGAGAAGGAACACUUUUGAUAACACACUCGAACCUGCUGACAAAGAUGCAGUACAGGGAGGGAUGUAUGGGGAGAGGCAGGCCUCUUUGCCUCUAAUGGAUUCUUACGAUGGUUAGGCUACACCCACUGUCACACUGCAUGUCAGCGCAUGAAAAACUGAUUGUGUGCAUCACAAGACGACAGCCUCCUCCCACCUACUGCCCUUGCUGAACUGACAAUUGGGGACCACUACACUACCGAUGGGACUAAACUCCAUCCUUUAGACUCUACCCUUCUGUCCCUCUUCGCUCUUUUGCAGCUUCUCUUCUUCUAUCUUUCCCUUUGUUACAUUCUUCUAUUGCAGCUGACAAACUGAUGAAACCACACAGACAACCGGACGUGGACCUCUGCUCCCUGUGGACAACCGGACGAGACACUAUGACCACUUUGUGCUCUGCGAUUCACUGCACUCCGAAAACUCUAACCACUCAAUCAGAUACCAUGGCCGCAACACUACAUCUCCGCGCUACACUACAACACUACAACUUGCCCAGGCAACACUAAUUCUCUCUUCGACGAGACUUUGGCUUCAUCUGACAACUUUUUCUGUUUCUUGGAGGUCAGAGCGUAGCCGUAGACAAAUUCAACUAAAAUAGAAAGUUGGGAUCAGAACAGGACACUUUAUAGUGAACUUUUUCAUAAGUGGCUAUUAUACUCUGUUUUGAGGAAAUGUCUUUUUUUUUUUUUUUUUUUUUUUUUUCUUCUCUCUGAUGGUUAAAUGCCACAACAACAACAAAGAUUUCCUACCACUGAGAACCGAUGUUUUAUGAUCUAAUCAGAUAUGUGUAGAGCUUCUGCUUCGGUAGUGGUUGUUCCUUUUCUUGCUUUGCUCUGUACCACAGUAAUGUACACGUGCCAAAUGACACUGCUACUGCUGCGACUGCCAAUACUGAAUGCAAGAACUGAAUGCAAGAACUUCACCCACUCAAGACUUCUACAGCAGCUACACUGAAAACUGUCAUCUGCUUUGUUUUGUGCGCAGCUUGUGUCUGUGACAGUCCAUCGACAAGAUGCAUGCUGCAUUUUUUUUUUUUUUUUUUUUUUUUUUUUGUAUUUGAUUGUGAUCCAUAGAUAUAAAAGGGUGGAGGGCCCUGUAUGGAUAUCCCUACAGAUGAAAAUAGAGCAGACAAAUUGUCCAUCUGUUUCUAAAAGUGAUGUUUCUGUUCAAUGUAAGCCCCUUGGGAGAUAUCACAGGAGUCAUGGGUUGAAUUUACUGACAUCUGCAGUUCUGUAGUCUUAUGAAUGUGUACAUACAAGACUGUCUCUAAUGGCACCUAUGUGGGCUAACUGGAGUGCCUCGCUCUCAUGCAGGAUAGGUCUGAUGGGUGUGCCCAACGUGACAUGGGUAACCAAUCAAGGUGUCUUUUUUUUUUUUUUCUCAGCAGGUUACUAGUUGGGAAUAUUGUAUAUGGAACUCAUCAGUUUUCUAUUCUGCAAAAUAAUGUAAUGUGUGACGGGUUGAUUCUUGUUAUUGCAAUUUUUUUUUUUUAUAAGGUAUACAACUCUUGAGUUCUGUAUAAUUUACCUGGCUUUAAGACUACAGAACAGUACAUGGGAGAAGACACAGUAUUGUCUGUUUUUGCCUGCAUUUCUUCUCUUCAGUGCUUGUUCUGUAGAAGAAUGCAUAUUCUUAGUGCUGAGUGAGAUGUAGAUAACCUACUGAGUGGAUGAUUAAAAGAAGCACUAGGGGUGGUA